AUCGCCUCUGCGACGCGCUUCACGAGCAACCUAUGGCUCGACAUAGGGGCCUCGAGAGCUCUCUCUGUCAUCUACAGCUUCUUACUGUGAUCUCGCCAGAAUUCUGGAAUUGCAAGCUUUCCUGUAUGUCUUGCAUCUGUCAGCGCUGACGCGCACGUAGCUUGAAUGUCUCGCCCCGCACCAUGGCAAAUCUGUGUGGCGGUCACCAUCGUUCUCACACUGGUUCUUCUCUCGCAAGACCAUGUCCCAGCGGCGAGCAUGUCGAACAUACAUCAAGUCUUCAGAGGCUCCAGCGCGGCGACGCGUCCCGUUGGGCGACUCAACCAAACCCUCGAUGGGAACGAGCGCCGGUAUCAAGCCGCGAUCCGUGAACGCAGGGAGUUCAUCGACAAGAUUGGUGGAUUAGACCAGCCUGCUUUCCCGGCUCCCUUCACGGCCUUCUACACGCUCUGGGACCUCUAUGCACCGAUUUUCUCGUGUCCAUUCCAAGCAUUUCGUGUCGGGACCAUGGGCGAUGGCGGGAAAUGGGUGUGCGGUUUUGAGCGUGUUAUCCAACAAGACCGCUGUAUCGUGUACUCCAUGGGAGUGAAUCAUCAGUCAAGCUUCGAGCAGCAGAUUCUGAGAGGCUCGAAGUCAUGUACGGUCUAUGGAUUUGAUUUUUCCGUCUCUAAUUGGGGGCCAGAACUCGUCGCUGAUACCGCUGUCAAUGCGCGCGCUCAUUUCUAUCCCUGGAAGAUCACCGGAGUGGACAACCACGGUGCGGUGCCCAAAGAAUACUCGUUUCACGGUAUCAUGAAAGAAUUUGGGCACGAGUUUGUCGAUAUCUUGAAAAUCGAUAUCGAGGGAUCCGAGUUUGAAGUACUGGCAGCGAUUGUAGAGUCGUUCAAAGGGCAGCCGCUACCGUUCGGACAGAUGCAGAUUGAGAUUCAUGUUGGAUAUGCGCUCCAAACGGACACCAUUCGGACCUUUGACCGCUGGUGGACACUGCUUGAAGACGCUGGCCUUCGCCCGUUCUGGACCGAACCUAAUCUCCCCGAUAUCAAUUUCCUUCGACGUGGACCGCCGGUUGUUGAGUGGUCUUUCCUGAAUAUCAGGGGACAUCAUGCAUUACUUGAUGACAGCCUUCCUGAUUUCCCCUGAGUGUUUAUCCUGUAGCUCGCGAUACCUGUCCCCCAUGUAUAAUAUUGUAUUGAGUACUCAAGAGUCGAGGUGUAGAAUAUACAUAAUCAACCCAUCAGUCCCAGCUAUGGCGUCGUGAUCGUGAUCUGAAUCUUACUUCAAACCACCACCAUCUGAGUGCCCUCGCGUUUGGACCGUCGCGAUGCCUUCAUGUACGUCAUUUCUUUCUUUAUUAUCUCCUUGGACUAUCCUCACGUCGAGACAGUCGCCGAAAUGCGCGAGAAGGCAGGUAAAGCCGCGAAUGCAACUGUCAAUUCGAUCCAGAAUACCAAGGACCGCCAUACUAGUGUAGCUAUGAAGAACACCAAUUGGAACCCUUACGAGUUUGUCUAUCGUGUGGUGUCGUUCGCCCUCUCAUCUACUUUCUAGCAAGACCCAGACUCCACCGCCGCCACCACCGCCACGGACUAACGCUUCGAGUAAGCCACAACCGUACUUCCCUCCCCCUCCCUCGCGCACCCAGUCCGCAUCCCCAUCCGCGCCCCCAUCCGCACCGCCUGUGCUACCUCCAAGAUCGUCGCCCAGCCCGGCACUCCCCGCACGCUCAACACCAUCGCCGGCUAGAUCCUCAGGGCCGCCCCCCAUCGUGCGCUCGACUAGGCCCGGCGGUCCCUCCCCGGCUUCGCUCGCCCCUCCUCCUCCUCCUUAUUCAUCGCCGCCGCCGCCCCACCUUCCCGCGCGCUCUGUCGGAUCACCGUCGCCGCAGCUGCCCGUGCGAUCCCCUGGGCCUCCGCCUCCUCCACCGUCGAGAUCCGGAAACAAAGCUGCGCCGCUUCGAGAAGUAGAGAGAGAAUCACCUGUGGCUGUCAAAAGCCCUGCGCCUUCUCUGCCUGUCCGGCGCAGCAAUAGCAUCGCUCCACCAUCGGAUACGACGAUUAAACCGCGGAUUGACUGGUGCAAUCUGUCGUCCGAGGACAAGGAGGAGUUCUUUGCUUGGCUGGACGAGUUCUUUUCUCGGCAUUUGGGGAGAAGGAUAGGGCCUGUUGGUACGUAGAUGGCCCUGCAGUACUACGGGACUGUCAUAGUGGACAACUUGCUAUAUCUGUAUCGUUUAAGUGACGGUCUGAGACGAACAUCAAGAUGUACGAGAAGAUGCGUCAAUUAGCAACUGCAUCAUCCUGUCCAUUUUUGCUUCCAUCUGAACCAACUUGUCCUGCAUCCUCGUCGCGCUCUCCUCCGAACGUUGCUCGAUCCUUAACGUGUUCUCCUGAUACUUGGACAUCCGUUGCUCCAGUCCUAAGAUGCGGAUCUCUUCGUUGCUCAUGCCGAUCAUCAGAGGCUCGAAGUCAUGGACAUAAACUAGUGGGUGUGUCAGUAAAUGCUGGCGUUCAUGAGACCUGGGUUGUUGUUUCGUCUCGUGGCAUUCGUCGCAUAUGUAGAUCAGGCGCGAUUCGUUGGAACAGACGGUGCAAGCCCAUACGGGCAGGGAUACCGGCUUAUAGCACAAGUUGCACGACGCCAAGUAGCUGGAAGCUGCAUAUGCCGGGUCCUUGAAAAACGUUUUGGCUUGCUCAGCAACCAUUCUGGCCUGACGAACAAUCCACGCCAGGUUUGGAUUGUGCAGUCGGACAGUUGUCUUCACCAGUGCAUGGGAGGGCAAGUGGGUGACAUCCUUCUUCCAGGCGACGGGCUUGUGCAUGUCUUGUCCACACAGGUUGACGCAUUCGGUGUAGCUCUCGUUCAUGCACUGGACACAGAACACGCGCACGACCAAGAUAGGGCAACGGCAAACGUCACACCGCCGAUCGUGCUUGACAAAUUUGCUCCGUUCAGAAUCGGCCACCUGAAGAUAGAAACGGGCGUCCUCCGGCGUCAGGAUGGCUUUGAGAUGCGAAAGCUCGGCCUGCUCGUCACGUGUGAGCAAGGGCCAGGGUGUCCCGACAUGCAUCGUGUCCGCGUCCUCGCGUAUGGUCAGUUCGAUGAACCGUCGGCGCUCAUCACCACGUGCUUUGAGCCAGCUUUCCGAAAGAUUCUUACGUUGGACUUGGUCUAAGACUGCGCUGAUAGCAAAGCGCCACCGAGCAAGAGCCAGACCAGCUGUAGAGGCAGAAGCAGACGGGCGGAAGCGGUACGAUUCAGGCGCUGUUCUGUAGAAAGCAGCGGCCGUGUACGCAUCGAACUUGAGUGAGAUGGUGUCUGAGACAGGAUCGUAG